AUGUAUCUAUCUCGGUCUAUUCACUAUCUAUGUAUCUAUCUCGGCCUAUUCCCGAUCUAUCUAUGUAUCUAUCUCGAUUCGAUCUAUCUGAUCUAUCUCGGCGUUUGCCGAUCUAUCUAUGUAUCUAUCUCGUAUCUAUCUAAUCUAUCUGGGCCUAUUGAUCUAUCUGGGCCUAUUGCCGAUCUAUCUAUGUAUCUAUCUGGGCCUAUUGCCGAUCUAUCUAUGUAUCUAUCUGGGCCUAUUGCCGAUCUAUCUAUGUAUCUAUCUGGGCCUAUUGCCGAUCUAUCUAUAUCUAUUUAUUCAAUCUAUCUAUGUAUCUAUCUCGGCCUAUUGCCGAUCUAUCUAUCUAUGUAUCUAUCUCGCCCUAUUGCCGAUCUAUCUAUGUAUCUAUCUCGGCCUAUUGCCGAUCUAUCUAUGUAUCUAUCUCGCCCUAUUGCCAAUCUAUCUCCCAUCUAUCUAAUAAUCCGAUCUAUCUAUGUAUCUAUCUCGCCCUAUUCCCUAUCUCUCUAUUUCAGUCACUUCCCUAUCUAUCUCUCUGUCUCUUCCCUAUUUAUCUAUGUCUGUUUAUUAUAG